GACUGCGGACUCGAGAUGCGCCCGAAGGAGCUUGGGCAGAGCUGCGCCGGGGACCGGCCGGGCCCCGGACGCGGACCCGGGGACCCCGCAGCGGUCACCCCUGCUCCCCCGCCCGCAGCCAGUCCGGCUCCAGAGCCCUCGGCCGAGCCCGGACCCGCUCCCGCGCAGGCACCGCGGGUUGGACAGGGAGCAGGAUCCAGAGCAGCCUCCGGAUCCCAAUCCGCCUCGGAAGCCCCUGCCGGAGCUCGCCCGGCCUCCGAGGCUGGAGCCAAGCGGAAUGCGCAGUCCGUGCCCGACAACUCGGACGCGCCGUGGACUCGCUUCGUAUUCCAAGGGCCCUUUGGUCCCCGGGCCACUGGCCUGGGGACUGGAAAGGCAGCGGGCAUCUGGAAGACGCCAGCCGCCUACAUUGGCCGGCGGCCGGGGGUGUCGGGUCCUGAGCGCGCCGCCUUUAUUCGGGAGCUGGAGGAAGCGCUGUGCCCUAACCUACCUCCGCCCUCCAAGAAGAUCACUCCAGAUGAUAUCAAAGUGAUGUUAUAUUUGCUGGAGGAGAGAGAGCGGGACCUGAACACAGCAGCUCGCAUUGGCCAGUCCCUGGUGAAACAGAACAGCGUUUUGAUGGAGGAGAACAGCAAGCUGGAAGCCAUGCUGGGCUCAGCCCGGGAGGAGAUUUUACACCUCAGACACCAGGUGAACCUUCGAGAUGACCUCCUUCAGCUCUACUCAGACUCUGAUGAGGAUGAGGAUGAAGAAGAGGAGGAGGAAGAGGAAGAGGAGAAACAGGAGCAGCAGCAGGAGGAACAGCAGCGUGAUCACGCCUAUGAUGCCCCUAAGCCGACUCCCAGGAAGGGGAAGGGGAAGGUGAAGCACCGCUGCCCACAGCUGGAAGCCAUGCAACGGAGGCUCAAGCUGCUGGAGCAGGAGAACGACCAGCUGAGAGAGGAGGCCUCUCAACUCGACACCAUGGAGGAUGAGGAGCAGAUGCUCAUUCUGGAAUGUGUGGAGCAGUUUUCGGAGGCCAGCCAGCAGAUGGCCGAGCUGUCGGAGGUGCUGGUGCUCAGGCUGGAAAACUAUGAACGUCAGCAGAAGGAGGUCUCUCAGCUGCAGGCCCAGGUCUCAAAGCUGCAGCAGCGCUGCCAGUCGUAUGGGAUGGAGACUGAGAAGUUGCAGAAGCAGCUGGCUUCGGAGAAAGAAAUCCAGAUGCAGCUCCAAGAAGAGCUGCAGGACCUGCGGGAGAAGCACACGGAUGGUGGGAGCAUGCUGAUUGAGACACAGGAGAAGGCGAAGACCCUCCGCCAGCAACCCCGGGUGUCCACUGGGUCUGUCACCCACUACGCGUACGGCGUGCCUCUGCAGGCACUUCCUAGUUUCCAGCAGACCCUGGCUGAGGAGCUCAGGACGUCGCUGCGGAGGAUCAUCUCAGACCCUGUGUACUACACCGAGAGGAAUUAUGGGAGGCCCAGAGGGGACACGCCAAAGCCGAGAUACGAUCUUCGCUACAGUGAGGAGAAGAAGCAGAAACAGAGGUUCCAGGCCAAGGAGGGGUCGAUAGCGGCAAAGGAUGUUGAGCCGGUGGAAGAUUUCGAGCCUGCGGAGGAGCUGGUGCCCGAGGAAGAGCUGGGGGCCACAGAAGAGGUGCUGGCUGAAGAAGGGGUAACGGACGAGGGAGAGCUGGUGUCCGAGGAGACAGAGGCCUGGGAAGAGGUGGAGCCAGAAGUGGAUGAGGCCACUCGGAUGAACGUGGUGACCUCAGCCCUGGAGGCCAGCGGCUUGGGCCCUUCGCGCCUCGACAUGAAGUGUGUGCUCCAGCAACUGGCCGACUGGCAGGAUGCCCACUACAGGAGGCAGCUAAAGCAGAAGGUGCCCCAGAAAGGUGAGUGCUCCCGCAGGGGCCUCCCUCCAGCCAGCCAGCCAAGCUGCAGAUCGUCAAGCCGAUGAAAGGUGAGGGUGGGUGAGCCCCCUACAUGCUCACUUGCCCCAGCCUGGCCCCAAGCAGUGUGCUGAUUUGCAUGAACUUUGCUUAUCAUUUGCAUAGGCACCUCAGGUCCCCUUCAGCGGGAACUGUGGCCCCAGUGCUUGUUUUUGUGGAAUUUGCUUAGGAUUCCAGAUCUCCAUCCACUUUUCUCCUGGGGGCUGGGCUGGGGGUGAGGGCUGGGACUAUUCCCCCUCCCCACGAUCCCCCUGCACCUCAGCUUCCUGUCUCUGCUGCCCCCUUCCUCUGCCCUCCACCUCCACCUUCCCUGUCCCCAAGGCUCCCCAACCCUGCAGCAGUGGCAGCAGCAGGCCGAAACAAACGUGGGGGGUGGGCUCGUGGGGCAGUGGCCCAGGGUGCCAACCCAGGACUUUCAGAGGCUGGAGGAGGACAGGGCUGGCCACCCUCCCUGGGCCUGGGAGGAAGAGGGGCCUUCUGGGGCCACCCAGGCCGCUGGGACAAAGGCUUCCGCCAGCAAGGGCCACAGUUGGACCAGUCCCCUGGGUGAGUCUGAAAGUUGGCUGGGGUCUCCUGCAGGGUGGGGGUGGAUCAGGGCACUUCUCCCCAGCUAGAAACCCCAGGGCUUGCGCACAUCACCUGCUGAGUGCAGGCCUUGUGAGCCCUGCCAUUGUGGAGCUCACAGUGACAUCAGAGAUGAUCUAGUGAUGCUCGUGCAAGUCGGACCCUUUGCACUUGCAUUAGCGCCUUUAAUCCUCGUGCCCUAUGAGUAGUUAUUAUCAUCCCCUUUUCUUAGUUGAGGAAACAGGUUCAGAGAGCUAAGUGACUUGUGCAAGGGCACACAGCGAGGAGGAGAGCUGAGCCUGUCCUCUUCGCUACCGUGUCAUAUCUCCUUCCCUGGCCCAUCCCUCCUCUCUGAUGCUGUCCUGGUGCCCCACCUGGCCUGCUGGGUCAGCCCUGAAGUUUAUAACUUGUUGGCACCCUGCAUUAUACUGGCCUGUCCCCAUUUUUAUGGCCCUUUGGUCACUGCUGGGUGGAGUAACACUGGCCUCAUCAGGGCCGCUCUGUAACGUGCAGGUUGUAAACUGAGCUUUAUGGCAGUGGGCAACCUGCGUAACUGUCAAUGGUGGCUUUCUGUCCCCUUCUGAUGUGGCUGAGCAGACCCCUGCCCGCUGCCCAGGCCGGGCCUGUGGUCAUCAGGCUCCCUGUUCACAUUCACCCCCUUCUCUUCCAGGCUUUGCUGUUUCCCAGCAGCCUGCAGAGGCCCCACAGACAGCUUGAGGCCCCUCCUUCCGCUGCCUGGCCAAGUCCCACCCACCCCAGACCCUCCUUCCUUUCCUCUGAAAUGAGACCCCAUGUCUGUCACCAGCCCAGCCUCUGUCCUGAUGAAUCUCUGUCCUGAUGAGCUUAAGGGCCCAAGCUUCGAUCCUCUUCUGGGACAGGCUGAAGGAGCCCCGGCCCUCAUUCUGCAGCUGGUACACAAGUUGUGGCUGCUGGGCCUGGAUCACAUGGUGGCCCUGGAGCAGAAGCGGGGGGUAGGGGGUGCGGGUGGGGGGCUGGCUACCAGUCCUGGCUCUGAGGCGGGGCCAGCCUGAGCUGGGGUGGGGGCUCGGGUCCCAGGUGUAGGAAGCUGUGAGCACCCUCCUAGUGACACACUCCUCACCCCUUGACCCUACAUGAAAAGCGGCUCCCAAGUUUUUGUUGACUUUAGGGACCUGGCCCUCUGCCCUGUUCUUCGUCCUUUCUUCCCAGUCCCUGACCACUGUUUGUAGCCACAGUGUCUCUGCGUGUGGGUGGGUGAGGGGUCCCUCUGUCUAGUGGUGUGCCUCACCUCCUUCCCCGCCACUGGUGGCCUGAGAGUGUCCAGGCUCCCUACCUGGGCCCAGCCGCUCCCUCCCACUGUCCUCCCUCACGGCCCUUGUUUCCUUGUUCUAGAUGUUCUGCCCUUUUCCUCUGCUUUGCUCAUGAAUAGCUGAGGUCUUGUGCUCAGGCCUCCCGUUGGUGCCUGAUGCACUCCUCACAGCGCUUCUCAGUCUCCUCUUGCUUGUCAACCGUGUUCGUGCCCGCUCGGGAAAUAAAGGAUCUGUGCGCUAA